AUGGCUGGUUCAAUCACCGACAACGCUGCCAUAUACAAAAAGAAGACGUUCGCGUACGUUCCUCCAUCACCACCGGCUGACCUCAUCGAAGCUACAAGCUACACACCGGAUUUUGCGAGCCGCAAUUUUAUACUUGUCGGUAUCGAUCCGACAGAACAACUUCAAAAAGUUGUUCUCUUAUUAACAUCAUCACGUUAUGUGAAAAUAAGUAUAGAUUUUCUAAGACGGAUAUUCUCACUUAUGGGUAACGUACUAUCAUUUAUAUUAGACAUACCACAGUCCAAUAAACGGAUCAUUUUUCUCGAAACCGAUGCUUAUAAAAUAUCAAGUAUGGUGUAUAACGGUUCAAACGUUCUGGUAAUUGAAUCCAAGACUGAAGAUGGAUGUAGAGUUUUAUUAAGUCGUUCAGAUUUAAUAAAACUCCAGGAAUUAGAAUGGUGUAUUACUGCUAGUAUUAAUGAAAAAGAAGAAAAAAUAAAACCAGUAAUUAUUAAGCAAAUUAGUGAUUAUUGCGAGUAUUUGAUGGAAAAAUGCUUGCAAUCGGAUUCACCGCCCAACAAUUUGAGGGAAAUGGAAAUUUUCAUUCGGAACGUUGAAGUCAGACAGAGUAAGAAGACACCUAACCUCGGUCAAAUUAAAAUGUUUGCGACUAAACAAUUGGCCGAACUUUGUAUGGCUCAUCGGAAAGUACAAAACUCAGAAGUGGUAUAUGAUAAGAAUUUCAAAUCGCUGUCAUCUUUAUCACCCAGCUACUCAACAGUAAUGGAUGAAAUGUCCAGAUUGUCUCAAGAAUGCAAUGCUUGUGAUGAAAUUAAUCCGUUGGAGGAUAAUGAUUUAGUUGAGGUAAUUCAUAAAUAUAAAAACCCCCACCCUUCUUCCACUGAUCCGCCGCCGAUGAUCGCGUACAUUAUCUCUGUAUAA